CUCCAGCCCCCUUUUUAAUCCAAUUCCCAUUUCCACCCCUUCAAGAUGCCCUUUCUUCCAUCCUCUCAAGCCCCCCCGACACCCUCCCCCGCGCAUCGAUUUACGCCGUCACCACCUCCUCCUGCUUGUCUGUCUCUCCCUCCCAGGACGGCGCGUCGAAUGAUCCGGGGCCGCCGGGGAAGAGCUCCAGGCAGCAGGAGGGAGGCUGCGUCCUCCUACUGUCUUAAACUGUAUCUCUCUCUUAAAAAAAAAAAGCAAGCCGGUAGCCCUCCGUGUUAUUUUGUAUUAAAAUGAGGAGGAGGAGGAGGAGGAGGAAGAAGAAGAAGAAGCAGCAGCAGAAACAGCAGAAGCGGCAGCAGAAAGCAAUAGCGGAGAGGAAAAGAGGAAGGAGCAGGAGCAAGGGACGGCGGCGGCAGGAGCAGGAGGAGGAGUGAUGAGUCAACUAAUAAUUUAAUGGGGACAGAGCAAGCGAGAGUGAGAGAGGGCGAGAGCGAGCAAGCCAAGCUGCGUCCCGGACACACACACACACACACACACGCACACACGCAGACACACAACCCUGUAACAUCCAGCAACCACCACCAAACCGGCCUAAAUAACAGUUAUAGCCAGCCGACAGACAACAAGAAUUUGAAAUCUCACAGGAUUAAUUUAUUACUAUUUUUUUGGGAUUUAGAAAUCAUCUUCAAGACAUCGUUCUACAAAGGGAAUCUCCUUUGUUUCCAUUAUUUAUAUGCUGUCAAGUUUUGAAGUGGUGAUCUUUAGAGGCGGGACUGAGUAUGGAUCAUUUGAACGAGACAACUCAGGGGAAAGAACAUUCAGAAAUGUCUAACAAUGUAAGUGAUCCGAAGGGUCCACCAGCCAAAAUUGCCCGCUUGGAACAGAAUGGGAGCCCAUUAGGAAGAGGAAGACUUGGAAGUACAGGAUCUAAAAUGCAAGGAGUGCCUUUAAAACACUCUGGACACCUGAUGAAAACACAAAUUAGAAAAGGAACCAUGCUUCCAGUUUUCUGUGUUGUGGAACAUUAUGAAAAUUCCAUUGAGUAUGAUUGCAAGGAAGAACAUGCAGAAUUUGUUUUAGUAAGGAAGGACAUGUUAUUCAACCAGCUAAUUGAAAUGGCAUUAUUAUCACUUGGAUAUUCUCAUAGCUCUGCUGCCCAAGCAAAAGGAUUGAUCCAGGUUGGGAAAUGGAACCCAGUUCCUCUAUCCUAUGUGACAGAUGCUCCUGAUGCCACUGUAGCUGACAUGCUGCAGGAUGUUUAUCACGUAGUCACACUGAAAAUCCAAUUGCACAGUUGCCCUAAACUAGAAGACUUGCCUCCUGAACAAUGGUCUCACACAACAGUAAGAAAUGCUCUGAAGGAUUUACUGAAGGAUAUGAACCAGAGUUCAUUGGCCAAGGAGUGUCCCCUUUCACAGAGUAUGAUAUCUUCCAUUGUGAACAGCACUUACUAUGCAAAUGUCUCAGCAGCAAAAUGUCAGGAAUUUGGGAGAUGGUAUAAACAUUUCAAGAAGGCAAAAGAUAUGAUGGCUGAAAUGGACAGCCUUUCUGAACUAUCACAACAAGGUGCAAACCACGUCAACUUUGGCCACCAGCCAGUCCCAGGGAACACUGCUGAACAGCCACCAUCCCCCGUUCAGCUUUCUCAUAGCAGUCAACCAUCUGUUCGGACCCCACUUCCAAACAUGCACCCUGGACUUACCCCCAUUAGUCCUCAGUUAGUAAACCAACAAUUGGUAAUGGCCCAGUUGCUAAACCAGCAGUAUGCAGUGAACAGACUUCUAGCCCAACAGUCCUUAAAUCAACAGUACUUGAACCAUCCUCCUCCUGUCAGCAGAUCCAUCAACAAGCCUUUGGAACAACAGGUCUCAACUAAUACAGAGGUGUCUUCCGAAAUCUACCAGUGGGUGCGUGACGAAUUGAAACGAGCAGGAAUCUCACAGGCAGUUUUUGCACGCGUGGCAUUUAACAGAACUCAGGGCUUGCUCUCAGAAAUCCUGAGAAAAGAAGAAGACCCCAAGACUGCUUCGCAAUCUUUAUUAGUAAACCUUCGGGCAAUGCAGAAUUUCUUGCAGCUGCCUGAAGCAGAAAGAGACCGAAUAUACCAGGAUGAAAGAGAAAGAAGCUUGAAUGCAGCUUCUGCUAUGGGCCCGACACCUCUUAUAAGCACACCACCUAGCCGACCUUCACAAGUAAAAACAACUGCUAUUUCAACAGAAAGAAAUGGAAAACCUGAAAAUAAUACCAUGAACAUUAAUGCUUCCAUUUAUGACGAGAUCCAACAGGAAAUGAAAAGAGCUAAAGUAUCUCAAGCAUUAUUUGCAAAAGUUGCAGCAACAAAAAGCCAGGGCUGGCUCUGCGAACUCUUGCGUUGGAAAGAAGAUCCUUCACCUGAGAAUAGAACUCUGUGGGAAAACCUGUCAAUGAUCCGAAGGUUCCUCAGUCUUCCUCAGCCUGAACGAGAUGCCAUUUAUGAACAAGAAAGCAAUGCAGUUCAUCACCAUGGCGACAGACCUUCUCAUAUUAUUCAUGUUCCAGCAGAGCAAAUGCAGAGCCCCUCUCCCACCACCCUUGGGAAAGGAGAGCAUAGAGGCGCUUUCUUACCUGGCCUGCUGACCACUGGACCUUGGCUGGGUGCUGCUCCUCAGCAGCAGCAGUCCCAGCAACAGCCACCCCAGCAGCAGCCUCAGCAGCAGCAGCAGCAGCCCCCACCCCCAGGUCCUAGAUUACCCCCAAGACAGCCAACAGUAGCAUCACCAGCUGAAUCUGAGGAUGAAAAUCGUCAAAAGAAUCGUCCACGAACAAAAAUUUCUGUAGAAGCUCUGGGCAUUCUUCAGAGUUUUAUUCAAGAUGUAGGCCUGUAUCCAGAUGAAGAAGCCAUCCAAACUCUGUCAGCCCAGCUCGACCUACCAAAAUACACCAUUAUCAAAUUCUUUCAGAACCAGCGAUACUACGUCAAACACCAUGGAAAGCUGAAAGAUAACUCAGGCUUAGAAGUAGAUGUGGCAGAAUAUAAAGAAGAUGAGUUACUUAAGGAUUUGGAAGAGGGUGUCCAAGACAAAAGUACGAACACACUUUUUUCAGUUAAAUUAGAAGAUGAGUUAUCAGUAGAAGGGAACACUGACUGUAACACUGUAUUGAAAGACUAAUAAAAAUAGUAUUUAUUCAACAGCAUCAUUGCUUACUAAUAAAAAGAAAAAUCCAUCCUGUAUACUGUCAUCAACCUCUUUAUUCAUUGUUUGGCCUAUAAAUCUUCCAAAACUUGCACAAAAGUCGAAAAAAAUUAAGGAUAAUACAGACUGCACUAGAUAUUUUACAAACUGCUUCAGCGAUAGACAUGAAGCAUUGAAGAUUGUUUCAUAUUAAUUUGUGUUCACUGGGUACAUCAACAUGUAUCCAAUAAGCAUGAUAUCUGUGGGUUGUUUUUCUUCUUAUUGUUGUUAUUAUUAUUCUAGAGCUUUCAGACAAGCAUUACUUUGUGACUUAUUGUUUUUAUUUUUUCCCAGUUAUUGUUAACACUCCACACUUGAUCUAUGAAAGCUUAACAUUUAUUUAAGUAAAAGAUAAAAGAAGAGUUAGUUACUCUUGCUCUAUUGUAUGUUACAAAAGAACUAUAGACUGUGAGAUGCAGUUUAAAGUUCACAUAUGCCAACAAAUGCCUUGUAUUAUAUGGCACUGCCGUAACUCAGAUUUUUUUUCAAAAGUAAGAAAUCACUGUAUCUUUUUCAUUUUCAUUUGUUAUACGAAUUUUUGGAAACAAAAUGUGAAUCAUGUUUUUCCCAUUAUUUAUUUGUAGAUCUUUAAAUAUCAUGUUGUAAUUAAUUUUAGAAGUUUCCGUUAAAUGUAAUAUUGCUUCUAUUGUUACCAUAUUGGGGUUUUUUUUCUAUUUAUAAGUGUAUUUUGAUGGGCAGUAAAACAAAGUGUCUUAAAAGUUUUAAAUAGAAAAAAUGUGCUUUACACAGUUGCCUAUAAAAAGUGCUCUAUGUUAUCCAAGCAAUUCAUACUAUAAGCUUCACUCUUAUUGUUGUAUGCAAUUUUUACUAUCAUGCAAAUAAGCUUAGGUAAAUCAAACUAAUAGAUCACCUUAGAAACUUAUGCAAUUAAUGUGAAAAUAAUUGAUGUUUGCAAUGUGUCUUCCUUUGGUUUACAAUCAAUUUUAAAGCUACAGCUGUAUAAAUUUUCUGUAUAAAGGUGUAUUUCUUUUUUAUGAGUUUAUUGCUAUGAAAACACCAGUUAUUUUGUUACAGCUGGCUGUUUUUAUAAGUGUAUCACAAUUUUCUUUAUGCAGAAAUGUUCUGACUAGGAGUGGUUAUUGACUGUAACUACACAAUUAAAAUUGUUUGUAUGGUAUGAUA